AUGUGGAAAGCAAGGGGAGUGGAGCCCUUCGCGGUUCUGGGACACAGUGUUGGUGAGUACACAGCUGCGGUGGUUGCUGGAACCAUGUCCCUCAUGGACGGCCUGCGCAUUGUCGUGCGACGUGCGCAGCUCAUUGACGAGAGGUGUGAUGAAGGACUAGGAAUGAUGGCCUCGAUCUUCGCGCCGCAGGCAGAUGUGGAGGAGGCUCGUCUCCUUGCUCCUGGUCUGUGCUGUUGUGGCAGCUCAUCCACAAGAGGCUCUCUACAAGGUGCAGCAGAGCCUUCCAAAGGACCAGACUGUCGUUAUGGCAGUACACGGCUUGGCUUUUGCUUCGAUGUCUUGGGCAUGUUAGAAGCAAUUGCGCCCAAGGCGGUGAACGGCCCUUCGCAAGUGGUGGUCUCUGGUCACAAGACUGCGGUGGAGCAGCUUGUCAGCACAACUUCGGAGUCCUUUCUUGCAGAUGCAUGGCCAAGAGCUUAG